AAAAUUCCAUCGCGGUUCAUAGCUUGUGUCCGGCGAAAUGCAUCGGCCGACGUAGUGAAGCGCAGACUCGGCAAUGCAGGGUUGAGCUCAUUAAAUGCCGUAGACAUCAGAGUCUGCGAUAAUCUCAAUGCUGUACGAGAAGCCAACAUUGUUCUCAUUGCGACGCAGCCGCAUCACCUGCGCAACCUACUUGAUGAGCCUGGCAUGCGGGAAGCUCUCGAUGGAAAACUCAUCAUCAGCGUCCUGGCUGGUGUCACUGUGCACGAUAUCGAGGUGGCACUCGAACACAGUGGCACAGAUCAACAUCAUAUCGUGCGAGUCAUGCCCAAUAUCAACUGCUUUGCUAAGCAAUCAACCACAGUAAUCGAGCGAGGUUCAGCAUCGCAGCACAGUAUGGACGUCGCCAGCUCAAUUUUCAAAAGAGUUGGUGAUGUGUUCUUCACGGAGGCUCUCACUAUGGACGCCUGCACAGCCCUUUGCGGAUCAACACCGGCUUUCUUCACGGUUGUCCUGGAAGGUCUUAUCGAGGGUGCAAUUGCUACUGGAAUCAAGUCAGAUGAUGCGUUGAAGAUGGCAGCUCAUGCUAUGAUGGGUACUGCAUCGCUCAUCUUGCAAGGUCGCCAACCAGCAGCUGUGCGGCACGAAGUGAUGUCCCCGGGUGGCUCGACCAUCCAAGGUGUUUUGGUGUUGGAGGAGAACCGGGCUCGUUGGGCAUUCACGCAAGCUUUGCAAGUGGCCAAAGCAGCUGCUUCAAAGCUUGGCCAGAAGAAGGGGGCAAAGUGA